AUGGCGUCUAUGAGCACUCUCCUCGCCCACAUGAACCGGACCGAGAUUCCUCGGUAUCGCAAGGGCCUUCCUGUCGCCUAUGGCUCCUGCACUCCACCGUGCCCUCUCUGCGGACAUCUCUAUGCCCCAGGGCCUGGCCUCUGGAGACAUUUCGCCACCCGGUACAGCGACAAGCUCGGAGAGCAAUCAGAGAGCGCCGCGCGCCUGGCUUCGGCAAUACCGGCAGGAGAGAUGCAAGGCAUCCAUAAGUUUGAGGAGCUUCUCCGAUAG